GGCUGUCUGCGGCGAUGCGCUCAGAAACCCAACAGGACAGGGAAAAAAGUUCGACAGCCAGGCAGGCAGUGCGCAGCCGCAGGUCCUUCGGGUCGGAGCUAAUUCUGUGUUUGCGCUGCUUCUUUCUUCGCUUCCACCACUAUGGAGCCUCCGGACUUUGAAGCCAUGAACCUGACAGUGAAGCCGGCCCCGCCAGCGUUCCCGCUCUGUGGUGAAUGGAAAGAGGCUGCGGAGGGAUCUCUGUUCCACCUCGCCAACAUCCUGCUCUUCCUCGGCUUCAUGGGAGGAAGCGGUUUCUACGGACACCUUUACCUCUUCACCUUCCUGACUGUGGGCUUCUUCUGCAGCACUGUGUGGGCAUGGUCGGACCCCUGCACCACGGACAGCUUCCUCUGGAACUUCGCCCUGUUCGGGGCGUGUUUGACUCAGGCUCUCUAUGUAGUCUACAAGCUGAGGAGCCUCACAUUCGACAAGGACUUUCAGGAACUGUAUAACUGCAUGUUUAAAAGACUCGGAGUAUCCCUUGCACAUUUUGGGAAGAUAGUGACCUCCAGUGACGGAGUUGUCCACACCUUGGAGAAGGGCCAGUUCUUUGCUGUAGAAGGAAAAACAGCUAUUGACAAGUUGUCUGUUCUUCUGUCUGGCAGAAUCCAUGUGACAGUGAAUGGAGAGUUCCUGCAUUACAUCUACCCUUUCCAGUUCCUGGAUUCUCCUGAAUGGGAUUCUCUCAGGCCCUCAGAGGAGGGAAUAUUCCAGGUGACUCUGCAUGCUGACGAUCAGUGCCGAUACAUAGCCUGGAGGAGGAAGAAGCUGUACCUGCUUUUUGCUAAGCACCGCUACAUAGCCCGGGUUUUUGCCCUGAUUGUGCGCAGUGAUAUUGCUGAAAAGGUGUACUCACUUAGUGACAAGGCUUUUGAUAGGGCAGGACACCGCUAUGAUCUCCGCUUACCAAGUUACUGCCACAUGCCAGGGCCAGAAUUAGAAAGAGCACAUGACCUCCUCGAAGUUCCUGUGCCAGGGGAAAGGGCUGCCUAGUCACACACACACACGCACACCUGCACACACACACACACACACACACACACACAUGCACACACACACAGUAUCAGGCCUUUACAUUUAGAACUUUCUUUCUGCAUUACAAAAUGUCAUUGGGGUAAAAUCUGUCCAUACUUGGGGUGAUGUUUAAGUGAAUUAACCACCCUGUGCUCUCAUCUACUGCUCACCCGUGAGAUGGAAACCCCAAAGAAAACAAGUCAAACUGAAGACUGACUGCCUCACUGAUCCAUAAGCACAGACAUACCAGGCAAAAAUCACAGGCUAUCCUGGAGUUUUUGUUACAGAAUCCAUGAAACCGUUCCAAGAAUAUACUGAACUGAAGACUCAAUGUCAGCAGGCAUGACUUCAGUCAAUCAGGAAUACUGCCAGAUGUUGGUGGUUACAGCUGCUAUCAGCCAAUCAGGUUUGGCUCUGAGAGGCAAAUAAAGACACAUAUUCAAUAAAAAGUUGAAUGGUUUUCCCCAACAGUGCACUUAAAGUCUAAUUGUUAUUGAUUCAGAAUUUGUAAAAGAAAAUA